GGACUGACCAGGUCGGGCGAGUCGAGUGGAGAAGAACUAGGUCGCACACCGAGAAGUUUCCAGCUCAAAAACAGCACCAUUAUGGGCGAGCAAAAGAAAGAACAGCCGGACUUGAAGCAGUUCUCACAGGAGGAGGUGGACAAGCACACCACCGGCACAUCGGCAUGGAUCGUGAUCCACGAUAAAGUGUACGACGUGACCAAGUUCUUGGAGGAGCAUCCAGGUGGAGAGGAGGUUUUAUUGGAACAGUCAGGGAAAGAUGGAACAGAGGCUUUUGAAGAUGUGGGUCACUCUGAGGACGCCCGUGAGCUGAUGGAAAACUACCUGAUUGGCGAGCUCCGGGAUGAGGACAAAGCAGCAAACAAAUAUCCAGAGAAGCGAGACAUGUGGAAGUCGUCUGGCAAUGGCAGCACUCCCUGGAGCAGUUACCUUCUUCCUGCUGUCAUCGCCAUUGUUGUGGCUAUAGCCUACCGGGUCUGGGCAGCCAGUUCCAGCUAAAACCGGUCGCAUCUACACACCAUGUUGCUAGGUCCAAACACCAUCCUUCAUCUGUAAUCCACCACACAGUCUUUUACAAGUGGUUGACUUCUCCACACACAACCUACAACAGCACUAUAACUGUCUGGCUAUAUUGAUUUAAAUGCCCAAUUCUUCACAUUGUCCUAUUUGAGAGAACCAUAGCAAAGCAAAACCUGUAUAAUUGUUACCCUGUAUUAUGUAUGCACCUUGCACACAUUGUGGAAGUUAUUUUACCCACAUGUAAGUACAAAGUCAGCAGCCUGUGUUUUUCCCCCGUACCAUUUGUGUAACAUUGCAUCAAGAAAUAGGCUUCAACAUUGUUCCCUUGCUUUGUGCACUGCAUCCAGCUUAUAAUGUAGGGUAGGGGGUGAGGCAAAACUGUAUCAUGUUUUUAGCUGUGGUCCCCCCCUCCCCAAACCAUAUUAACUCAUUAACCCCCAGCACAUCUAGUUCAGUGCAUUGUGUCAAGAUUCUGCAACAUUGUUGUCUUAUGCUCAUUCCAGCAGCAUGUUAAAUUAAUUAAUCAGUUACCUUGAGAAUUUAGGUAUCGAGAAUAAUUAAAUCAGUUCCUUUAGGUAUCAAAACUUUCAACUGUAAUAGCUUUGCUUUUGUGAUUUAUUGAAAAAACAUGUAUUUAUGGUAGUGAUAUACAAGUAAUCUCCAAAGGGAAAAUUAGUAAUUAUUGUAGGAUGAUAGCUCGUGCCAUUUUAUUACUAUAAUUGAUGAUAAUUCUAGGGCCUAUUCUAAUAAACUCUUUUGGAAAAUUGUAUUGAUUGAGGCCUUUGUCAGAUAUAGAGAACAUAACAUACUAUGAGAUUAUUCUUAUUGACUUGCCUCACAGUAAAAUGUUCAAUGUGUUACAAGAAAUAUUCAAAUGAUAUCAGAAACGACUCUUGUUAGUUGUGUGACUAUGGACACUUUGUAGAGUAAAGUCAAAGAAUACAUUUGUAGGGUGAUGCAAAAUUUUCUAGGUUUCAGUAAACUAAUGAUUGUGGGUGUUCACUCUUCCGUAGCGUUAACUCACUCUGUUAACACCUUUAAUGUAAUAAAAUCUAUGGAGUGAUAAAUUGAA